AAAAUGAUCACCCAAAUGACAUGAAUGACCGGAGAAUUGAAUGUGAGACCAAGGUCCAAAGUCAGGAUGACUGAGGACAUCUAGAGGCAACGACAAAGAAGAGGAAACAGAGUCGAUCAGAGGACUGAAAAGUCAAACGGAACAGAAGAACUGAUCCGAAACACGAGCACAAAACCAAGACUUAAGCAUGAAAGGGAAAUGAUAAUGAGCCGUGGGACCAGAACCAGGAGAAGCAGCCCCUGCACAUGUUGUUGAUGGGUAGGUGUUCUGCAGGACACGCUCGGCCGGUUUGAAGAGCAAAAACAGCAGCCGGAUCAGUUUCCUCUGACACUCGGAGAUGGCAUCUGUCCGGAUCUGUGUGGUCGUCCUCGCUCUCAGCGGUUUCCAGCGGCAGGCUGCGGCUCUGCCCGUCUCCACGGUCCAGGUGAGGGUCGGGGAGGAUGUGACCCUGCAGUGCCCCCUUCUGGAGGCCUCCAACGCCACAACCCCCACCCCCACGGCAGAACCGGGCGGCCCUCCUACCAUCAGCUGGUACAGGAAGGCUGCCGGCCAGGGCCCCGUGAUGCUCCUGAGCAUCGUGUCCAGGGACGCGUCCAGGCUGAAGUACGGCGCCGGCAUUCCUCGCCAGAAGGUUUCGGCCUCAGCCGACGGCUCGCUGCUGCUGAGAGGCUCUGAGAGGACAGACUCAGCCGUGUAUUACUGCGGGGUCAGCCGGGGCUCGGACCGGGCCAAAGAGAGCCUGUGGGCCCUCCCCGAGCCUUAAAACUACUGUCCUGUAGGGCAGAGUGGACAGGCUAUUCCAGUUGCAUUUAAGGUUUUGUGAUUAUUUGCUUUGCAAGCUGUGAUUCACCAUCAGAGGAGUUAUGUCAACUCAGUCUUCAGCCUGUUGGAACGGAUCAAUAAAUUGAACCUUUUUUGCUUUUUGAGCUGUUUUUCUUCUCUGUUUGCUCCACGUGGACAAAUGUUUGUGCAUUUUUUUUAAAUCCAGACGAAAACGCAUUCUACUCAAUGAAAUAGUGCCUCUAUACCAUUUGUUUAGUCAUAAAACGCUUUAGUUUCCAUUUAACUAGAGACCAAUAUCACCCAGAUAAUUGUCAUUCAUCUUGUUAGAAACUUUGAAAAUGUUUCCCAGAUACAGCGUUUUUCUGUUGUUUAAAUUAACAUUCUAAAUGAUAAAUAAUUAGUUGGAGUGGCUUCCUGCUUUAAAACAAUAUAAUUGAUAACAAUAUGGAACUUUUUAAAUGGUUUAAUCGCUUCUUCAUGU